AAACUGAUUUUCUUGGAAACUUCUUCGCAGAAACUCUUUUAGAAAAUCCUCGAAAUCCGCGCCACUACAAAUUCCAUUUUCUUCUCCGAAUUCAUUCAUAGAAACGCGCAUUUGUACUCGAUCUCCGAUUUGCCAAAUUCAAUCGGAAACCCUAAAUCGAAGAUUCUUCUUCAUCGUCAUCAGAAGAAGUUUCGAGAAAUAUGAGGAGAGUUUUCGGCGUUAAGAAGCAAACGGAACCUCCUCCUUCCAUUCAAGAUGCUUCUGAUCGGAUUAAUAAAAGAGGUGACACCGUGGAGGAGAAAAUCAAGAAGCUUGAUGUUGAACUUGCUAAAUACAAGGAGCAACUAAAGAAGACCCGGCCAGGUCCAGCUCAGGAAGCUGUAAAAGCUCGAGCAAUGAGGGUUUUGAAGCAAAAAAGAAUGUAUGAAGGCCAACGUGACAUGCUCUAUAACCAGACGUACAACCUAGAUCAAGUUUCAUUUGCUGCUGAGGGAAUUAAAGAUGCUCAGCAGACAAUGUCAGCCUUGAAGUCCGCAAACAAAGAAUUGAAAGGAAUGAUGAAGACAGUGAAGAUUCAAGAUAUAGAUAACAUGCAAGAUGAAAUGAUGGACUUGAUGGAUGUGAGCAACGAAAUUCAGGAGUCUCUUGGGAGAAGCUACAGUGUGCCAGAUGACAUUGAUGAAGAUGAACUCCUGGGUGAGCUUGAUGCUCUGGAGGCCGACAUGGAUUCGGUAGGCGAAGGGGUCCCUUCGUAUCUUCAACCAGACAAGGAGUCCGAUUUGGAUGCAGAGCUUAGCCUACCAUCAGCACCAACAGGGCAUGCACAAAUGCCAGCUGGCAGAGCUAACGCGCAGGCUUAUGAUGAACUAGGAUUGCCUGCGGUUCCUCGUGCAUCAAUUCGCGAUUAAGGGAUGAUUGGGAUAUAUUGUUGAUAACUUCUUUUGGGAUUAUUUGGGAUUAUUGGGGAAAUCCUGGUGUAAACAUUAGUGUGCAGAUUAUAUCUUCAUUGUUGUUUCCACAUGACUCAUGUUGAUUCAUUGUGAAAUAAUGGAAUGCUUGAAUUGUAUUAUGCACAUUCAGUACUUAUCAGACAUCCAACAAAAAGAAGAUGAUCAAACUCCUGGUGCCUUGUUUGGCUUUUGUAGUUAUUUUACAUUUUUUAAUGAAACCUUGUAAAUUGAGUGAGAUUGUACGUACAAAAGAAGCCAACAGUAAAAGUUUGUUUCUCAA